CUGUCUACCACCGCACCUACAUCUUGACGACUACUCGCAAGGCUCCUAACGGCCUCUACUGCAACUCUUUCUCGUUAUGUGUUAAGUCUUUCGACAGUCCAAGAUCAUAAUGGGUUCAAAAGCUGCAAUGUCGGCUUUCCCAGCUCCCUUUUCGCCCAAUGCAACCACCAUGCUUCCUUUUCUGUAUCAGACAAGAACACUCGCCAGUCUAUAUAGUAGGAGAGGUGGAUUGAGUAUCAAGCCCAGAUACGCGAACCUGGUUAGUAGGAGGAGCUUCCGUCAGAGCACGAUCAAUUAUUCCUCCGACGAUCAGACAGUCGAGACUUCUCGAGUUCCCAGCGAACCAACGCAGCAGCCCGUGGGUGGUACGGAUAAAGGAACUGGCAGCCCUAGGAUUCGGAGGGUCUUGUUAUCGUAUGCUCCUCCUGAGCGGGAGAGGGUUUCGUUCUCGUACGACUCCAAUACAAGUGCAAAUGAGCCACAGAACGACAAGGAUGGAUAUGUGCUCCCUAGAACGGAGGAUACAAAUGACAAUGAGGGGGGAGAUGGGGAAGUCGCUGGUAGAUCUGUUGUCAGAAGAACUCCGAGUAGAGUGAAGAUGCCGGCAUGGAGCACCAGAUCAACUCCUGGGAAGAAAGGCCAUAGCAGUGGAAGGCAGUCUGAAGAAUUCGAUAUUCCUUGGGAAGAAGCAGACCACGCGGGAUUCAAGGAGUUUACUUCAGAUGGGCUUCCCGAGGAAACCUACCAGGAGAUGGACGAAAUCGACAAUUUGACCAGCAAAUCAGGCCCACGGCAAGACCGAACAUCUACAAUAACGCCCUCAGAAAAACACGCAUUCCAAAAGAUCUUCUCGGACAUCUUUGCACGAUCUCGACAGUCUCAGAAAUUCGGAUCUGCUUCUCUAGAGGACGACGAGGAAAUCGAACAAGCUCCUGGAAAGGAUCAAAGUCAGAGGGCCAAGGCGAAACUUGACAAAAUCGUGGGGUCUGCCGCUAGGAUUCAGUCUAGGGAGGAGAUGGAAAUAGCCGUCAAUCGAUAUCCUCCCGCUCUUCGUGCUGCGGCUGCUAGAGCCAUUGGUCUCGAUGCUGCGACGCAGCAGUCCCAUGAAGAAGUCACGGAGGUGGAUGAGUCAGUUCUGGACAAUGAUCAAUUGGAACAGCUCCGAAAGCCAGAGCGUGAUCGUGUUGAAGGUCUCAUGAACUCUGCGCGGACGGAUUUUGAACUGUGGGCAGUGAUGGAGAAAGAGGUGUUUCCUCUGAUCACCAAGCUGGGAUUAGAGGAGAGGCCAGAGACAGAUGAGCCAACGAAGAAGCGUGGGAGGAAGACAAAGCGUGAUCAAGAAAGCCUUCCGCGCGAGGAAUCUAAUCCAACUACCUCUACCUUGGAUACUCCUGAUGAUGGAAUAUCGCCUCUGGCCUUCUACGGUCCUCUCUAUCCAUCGUAUCUCCUCUUGGGUCUUCGGCUUCUGGAUCGCUCCUUUGCCAAGCCCUCGCCCCUUACGCUAUCUAUUCUUCCGAGGAUUAAAUCGUUGGGGGUUAUAUCGCACGUUCUCGGUGCAUCGACACAACUGUACAACGAGCUUCUCCUUAUCCACUGGUACCGACAAGAUGAUUUCCGCGGAGUGCUCAACCUGCUGAGCGAGAUGGAGCAGUUUGGACUGGACUGGGAUAAGGAGAGCUUGGAAAUCGUGGAUGAUAUCGUGAAGAUGCAAGCCGCGGUUCGCCGAGGUGAUCGAGGCACGACCCUGAAAGCCCUCUGGACCCUACCCGAAUUCGCACCUGAUAAGUUCAAGUCCUGGAGAAACAAGAUCAGACAUGCCCUGGAUGAGAGGAGUCGGGAUGCCUCGCAGUUGUCGUAUUGAAAGGCCCAGUGACGUGUAGUAUGCCGUCAAACUCUUGUAUUAUAAUGUAUUAUUACACAUCUCCUGCAAUGUGCAGCGGUGGUUUUUAUACCAUAUCAAUCAACCUAUUCUGCAAAUCCUGGUAUCAUUUUCUUCAUCUCGGGGCCGUCCUGACGCCAAUAUUCAAAAUUUUCAUCUCUAUCGAACCCACGCUGAGCCUUUUUCGCCUCAUUCAUUCCCUUCUCUUUUCUUUGUUGUGCCCGUCCAUCUAUCUCUAUCUCUCCCUCCCCUUCUUUUGUCCCUACCCACCCACUUUCGCAAAGAUCCCCCAAAUC